CCUCCCCUCCCCUUCUCCUCUGCUCCUCUGCUAUCCUGCCUAAACCUGAACCCACCCCAACCUUCAGCCUCGCCAGCAUAUGUUUCAGCCCCGACCCCGUUCCUAUUCAUUUCACUGUCACAUUCAACGGCAUUGAACAGUCUCUUUUCACUACAGAGCCAUGGACCACAGCCACCAUAGUCACUCCGACCAUAUGGAGGAUCACUCAGGACAUCACGUUCAUGCGGAUACCCCAAUGGCCGAUGCUGCCAUUAAUGAUCAUAGUGCUCACUUUUCCAUGGGUGGUCACAGUAUGACAUUCCACUUUGGAUAUCAGGAAAAAAUUUUGUUCGACUGCUGGCAAACCACCAGCCCUACUACUCUGUUCGCCUCUUGCCUGGGUAUUGUUAUCCUAUCUGCACUGUAUGAAGGUCUGAAAUACUUUCGUGAAUAUUUGUUUUGGAAAAGCUACAACAAUAAUGUUCAGUACCGAGCUGUGGAAAUCCCUGCUGGUAACAAAAAUGUUGUUAGGGAUGAUCAGGUUGUAACCAUGGUGGGUGAAGUGAUAACGAAACAACCUAUGAGUAUGUUCAGUCGAAUGCAUGCAUUACAAACUCUUCUUCAUAUCAUUCAACUUACAAUCUCAUACCUAUUGAUGCUUGUGUUUAUGACUUUCAAUGUUUGGUUGUGUCUAUCUGUAGUGUUCGGUGCUGCUUUGGGAUAUUUUAUGUUCGGCUGGAAGAAACCUGUUGUUGUGGAUGUCACAGAGCACUGUCAUUAAUUUUCAAAUUAAGUUGUAAUUUAGAGGGGGAGUUGCUCAGAUUCUGGCAUUCCAAGAAUCAUGUGAGUUCUUUGAGAAAAAUUUCCAGGCCAUCAAGUAGUGUGUUUUUGUGCAUGCUUAGCACUGUAUGUUUGAGAAAUCUGAAGUGAAUAAUUUCUGCCACCAUGACUAAACACCGAGGUGCGCAUCUUUAUUUUCUCUUGUGAAUAUGAUUUGAUCAUGAGUUAUUGAGCUAGAGUGUAAAGGAUUCCAAAUGUGAAUAUGCUAUUUUCUCAUGGCUCAUCAUCCAUAAAAUUCUUGUUGCUCUCUCAAGUUAUGUUCUCCAUUACAGUGCCAACAAUCAGUGCUCCAAAAAGCACAAAUGCUGAAAACAAGAGGCUGAAGAUCUGAGAAACUUAGUAGUUUGGUCAAAUAUGAUCUGUGUAUUUCCAUGUAUUCAGUAUUUUAAGUUCCAUGUAUCUUAUCAAAUUUUAUCUCAUAUAUUAAAUUAUUUUCUGUGUGUACCACUGUCAAA